AUGCCACGCCACAGUAUCCUCUUCGUCGAUGCAUACGACUCAUUCUCCAAUUCAAUCAUCGCUCUGCUCGAAGCAGAGCUGCCUGUCAGCGUCGAGAGCAUCAAGAUAGAUGAUCCUCGCUUCGUCCUCAACGACGAUGCUUUUUUCAACUUUCUCGAUGGCUUUGACGCUGUCGUCGCCGGACCUGGACCCGGCCAUCCUGCCAACCCGGAAGACAUCGGAUUGAUCAACAAGCUGUGGACUCUGCCUGAUCAACACCUCCUACCCGUACUGGGAAUCUGCCUAGGCUUCCAGAGUCUAUGUCUCGCGUUCGGAGGCUCAGUCGAGAGGUUGAAGCAACCUCGUCAUGGCAUCAUGGCCAUUCUCACGCACUCCGGAAAAGACAUUUUCGUGGGAACCGGCAAGCUUGUCGCGACGCAAUACCAUUCACUUCACGUUCGCCUGCAGAGCGUGGUCGGUCCUGGUUGGGACUUCUGGCAGCCUUCGGAUCAGUGCGAGAGCCUCGUUCCUCUAGCAUGGGAUCUCAUGAAUGUUAGCAACGGGCCAACAUUGAUGGCUGUGAGACACGCUCAGAAGCCAUUCUGGGGAGUUCAAUAUCAUCCGGAAUCAAUCUGUACCAACAAGGAAGGCCAGAAGGCGAUUGGAAAGUGGUGGAAACACGCCAGUGCUUGGAAGUCGCAACCUUCACGUGGCAACCGCGCUUCGCUGCUGCACGUGGACGGGCUUCAGCAGAGCGAAAUUCGCAUGCUCAGCUCUUCAACUAACAAAGUGGAGGAGCCCAUUCGCCAAGUUCACUGGCUCGAGUUCAAGGCAUACACUUCUCCGGACGUCGCCUUCGUUGCAGAGGUUCUGCGCGACGACAGUUGCUCCGAGCCGCUCGUUCUGGAAUCUGGAACUCGCCAUGGAAAGGCUGUCAAUCCAGAGACUGGCCGCUUCAGUAUCAUUGGUCUGCCUGACGCUUCGUCCACGCACAUCAGAUACUCUACAGCGAGUGGAGUGUUGGAUGUUACUAGCAAGGGUAAAACUGUUCUUGAAAAGCACGUCACGGCCGAACAAGCGCUAUCCUACGCCGAUGAGUUUGUGCUGAACAACAAAGCUUCAGGCGGGUUGGAUACCCUGCCGUUCUGGGGAGGACUUGUUGGGUUCAUCUCCUACGAAGCUGGCCUGGAAACUAUCAAGGUAGCUCCAUCGGGAGCGACACCGGAGCACUCUGACAUCUCGUUCAUCUUUGCCGAACGAAGUGUCAUUAUUGACAACAAGGAAGCAAAGAUCUACGUGCAAUCUUUGCGUGAUCACGAUGAAGGUUGGCUACAUCUGAUUGCGGAACGGCUACAACAGAGUCUCGCCAACCACGAUGAAGCAGAGAAGACUUCGAUCGAUGGCAAGAUUUGUGCCCAAGUCGUAAGCGAGCCACAGAAGAACGAAUACUGCCGCAAAGUCCUCGAGUGUCAAGCACACUUGCGAGCAGGAGAAUCUUACGAGCUUUGCUUGACCGACCAGUCGCUGCUCAAGACAGCUGUAGACGGCUGGUCGAUGUACCGUCGACUGAGAAGCCGCAACCCAGCGCCUUUCAGUGCUUACCUCCGAUUGCAGUCUCGUCAAGGACCGGGUCUCACGGUCGUGGGUAGCAGCCCAGAGCGGUUUCUGUCCUGGUCGCGGGAUGGUAAAUGCCAGUUCCGGCCCAUCAAGGGCACCGUGAAGAAGAGCCCAGGAGUGACGAGAGCAAAAGCUGAGGAGGUCCUUGGAUCUGCCAAGGAGCGUGCAGAGAACUUGAUGAUUGUGGAUCUUAUCAGACAUGAUCUCAGCGGCGUGAAGGGAGUUGCAAACGUCAGUGUGCCGAAGCUGAUGUCGAUUGAAGAGUACGAGACUGUCUUCCAGCUCGUCUCUGUCAUCGAAGGAGAUCUUGAGCCGGCAGCUUCUGGCGUGGCUGUUCUCGCCGCUUCAUUGCCUCCAGGAUCAAUGACUGGAGCACCCAAGAAGCGCUCAUGUGAGCUGUUGAAGGACCUUGAGGGUGGCAAGCCCAGAGGUCUCUACAGCGGUGUGAUCGGCUUCCUUGAUGUCGGUGGUGGUGGAGACUUCUCGGUGGUGAUUCGGACAGCCUUCAAAUGGGACGAUGAAGGAGAUGUCUGGCGGGUUGGUGCUGGUGGUGCCAUAACGGCUUUGAGUGAUGCUGAGGCGGAGUGGGAGGAGAUGAUGACGAAGCGGGAGAGCGUGUUCAACUCACUUCUCUAG